CUUGGGAGGAGGAGCGCUUCCUGUUUGUCUCCGUCCAGGGGCAGGAGGCAGCUAUGGCGGCAGCGGUAGGAGGAGCAGGAGCAGCACCGCCGGCGGCAGCGGGCCUCAUGUGUGGCGGGCCCGGCCGGCGCGGAGCCCGCAGGGGGACGGCCAGCAUCUUGGCCCAGCUCCGGCACGCGCAGCUCAGCGGCCGGGGCCUGACGCGGGGGGCGCAGAUUGCGGAAGCUUUGUUAAAAGAAAGAGACAAACAAGCAAAGUGGAAUGGGAUUCCUUUACUCUUAAAGAAGCUGUAUGAGAAUAGCCAUCCCAAUAGUGACUUUUCCCAGUGCCAAAGCAUCUUGAAGGAAAUUUCUCCCCUCCUUUCAAUGGAAGCCAUGGCAUUUGUCACAGAAGAGAGAAAAGUUACUCAAGAAUCUACUUUCCCAAAUACAUAUACAUUUGACUUGUUUGGUGGAGUUGAUCUGCUAGUAGAAAUACUCAUGAGACCAACACUUAUUACGCAGAAGAAGAAACAGAAAAUAAGUGAUGAUCUUAUCAAGGAUUGCUUAAGCAUAUUGUACAACACUUGUAUAUGUACUGAAGGGGUCACUAAGCGAUUGGCAGAAAGAAAUGAUUUUGUCCUGUUCUUGUUUACAUUGAUGACAAACAAAAAGACAUUCCUGCAAACAGCCACCCUUAUUGAAGAUAUCCUGGGCGUGAAAAAGGAAAUGAUUCAGUUAGAGGACAUUCCGAAUCUCUCCAGCCUAGUAUCUAGUUUUGAUCAACAGCAGCUUGCUAAUUUCUGCAGGAUCCUUGCAGUUACAAUCUCAGAGCUUGACACAGGCAGUGAUGACAAACAUACACUAUUGGCAAAAAAUGCUCAGCAGAAAAAGAACUUGGGUCCUUCUCGAGCAGAAAUGAAUCAAGCUACGCUUCUUGAUAUACCAGGCUUCAUUGAGCGAUUAUGUAAACUAGCAACAAGAAAAGUAUCAGAAACAACAGGAAAUUCUAGCUUUCUUCAGGAGCUGGAGGAGUGGUACACUUGGCUAGACAAUGCACUUGUUCUUGAUGCGCUAAUGCGUGUGGCGGAUGAGGAGACGGAGCAAAGCAGCACAGAAUCUUCAGAUGAGAGUGGAUUUGCAAACACCUCAACAAGGAAUCAGCUUCCCCAGUCCAUGAAGAUUAUGCAUGAGAUCAUGUACAAGUUGGAAGUGUUGUAUGUUCUCUGUGUGCUUUUAAUGGGCAGGCAAAGGAAUCAGGUUCACAAAAUGAUUGCAGAAUAUAAAUUGAUCCCUGGCCUUAAUAAUUUGUUUGACAAAUUGAUCUGGCGGAAACAUUCAGCAUCAGCCCUUGUUCUACAUGGGCAUAGUCAAAAUUGCGACUGUAGUCCGGAUAUUACCUUGAAGAUUCAGUUUCUGCGGCUGCUUCAGAGUUUUAGUGAUCAUCAUGAGAACAAGUAUUUGCUUUUAAACAGCCAGGAGCUUAAUGAACUGAGUGCAAUCUCCCUCAAAGCCAAUAUCCCUGAAGUAGAUGCAGUUGUCAACACAGACAGAAGUUUAGUCUGUGAUGGAAAAAGAGGGUUGCUCACCAGACUGCUGCAGGUAAUGAAGAAGGAGCCAGCAGAAUCUUCAUUCAGGUUUUGGCAAGCAAGGGCAGUUGAGAGUUUCUUGCGAGGUGCUACUUCCUAUGCAGAUCAGAUGUUCCUGUUAAAAAGAGGGCUCCUAGAGCAUAUUCUCUAUUGCAUAGUUGACAGUGAGUGCAAAUCACGAGAUGUCCUUCAGAGUUACUUUGACCUUUUGGGAGAACUAAUGAAAUUCAACAUAGAUGCUUUCAAGAGAUUCAACAAGUACAUCAAUACAGAUGAAAAGUUUCAGAUAUUUUUGCACCAGAUCAACAGUUCACUAGUUGAUUCCAACAUGCUGGUUCGUUGCAUUACUUUGUCUUUGGACCGCUUCGAGAGCCAGUCAGACAUUAAAGUUGCAGAAGUCUUGUCUGAGUGCCGGCUGCUCUCUUACAUGUCACAGAUAAACAUGAGAAUGUCCUUCCUCUUUCGGCUCAUUAAUAUUAUUCAUGUACAGACGCUCACACAGGAAAACGUUAGUUGUUUGAACACGAGUUUAGUUAUUUUAAUGCUGGCCCGAAGGAAAGACAAGCUCCCCUUCUAUCUGCAUAAGCUGCAAGAGAUGGAGUACAUGGAGAAAUACCCUGGCUUCAUCCUGAAUAACUUCCACAGUCUUCUUCGUUUCUGGCAACAGCAUUACCUCAACAAGGACAAAGACAGCACCUGCUUAGAAAACAGUUCGUGUAUUAGUUUUUCCUACUGGAAAGAGACUGUAUCUAUACUGCUGAGUCCAGAUCAAACAUCACCUUGUGCCAUAGUUAGCUACAUUGACAAGGCAUACAUGGACAUUGACAGAGAUUUCACCGAGGAGUGAGGCUUCUACUUCCAAUGAACUGUUCUUCAGAGGGAAUCUUGCAGGCAAUGGAUUUUCAGGGAUACACUGUGUGCUGUGUGCGCCAGCUUGGAACUAUGGAAUGUUACCACGUUUGUUUUCUUCCUCAAGCU